GAUUGUGGAUUAUAGAAAACAUGUGAGAGUGAAUUAAACAAGAGGAAUUAAAGCGCAUUUCAAAGAAAAUGCGUUUUUCGUUUUCUGUUGACAAUUGUCUGAUUCGGCACGGAAAGACAAGUGACUUUAACAAAAUAGUGCUGACAAACUAUGCAUGUACAAUUCAUUUAAUAUAGAAACACAUUGAAUAGUAGUCCAUUUGAAGUGUGUCAUACGUGUAUUUUAGUUGGCAAGAUAUAUGCUUUUUUGUCUAUUUUAAUCUGACAAUAAAUCAUAUAACAAGGUUAUAGUUAUAUAACUUAUAGUUUUUAAGUUGCUCAUGUAAGAACGUUUUCUUACACAGGGUAAACGCAUACACAAUUAAAAGAGGUUCUCCAAUGAAAACAAGUGAAUAUAUAUGAACUUGUGCCAGAACACAACUGUCACCAUAAUUAUGAUUCCAAUGUCACGCUAUUAUUCAAAACACGUACAGAUAUUGUUCUUAGUUUUUAGCGGUGUCUCAGUCUUUCUCUUAUGGAUGAUAACGCAUAGUAAUACAUUACCGUUAAUAGGAAGGGACAACGCGGAUUUUACAGAUGUUCAAGUGACCCAUAUGAGUUUUCUUAGACAUGAUGAAAAAAAUAUGAGCGAUGCUCCAGUACGAACUCAUACUUUUUUAAAGGCGUCUACACACAAACUGAAAAGAAAGUCUGGUCUUGAAAACUUAUUCGAAGUGCAAACAAGAUUCAAUAACGGCUUCAUAUCAACGGGGAACCUCUCGUCAAAGAAACGUAUACUCUGGUACAAUAAAGAUCCCUGGACGAACAUAACAGAAACCACAGAACUGUUUGAUAAAUGUACGUGUAGAAACUGUGCAGCCACUGAUAAUGUUUCUGAUGUGAAUAAUGUUGAUGCAGUUUUAUUCACAGUAAGUUAUAAGCAUAUGGGACGACAACCUCCCUUCAAACGUGGAAAACCAGACCAAAUCUGGAUAUUCAAACUUGGUGAGAGUCCUUAUGGACGUGAUUUUUCUGAGUACAGCUCACCACAAUGGCAAAAUCAGGUAAACUGGUCUAGUUCUCUGAAUUUAGAUUCAGAUAUCCCUCAUGGAGCUGGCUUUAUAAAAACACGCACACAACCGAUUGUUAAAGACUAUGACGCCAUUUUUGACACCAAAAACGAGACCGCUCUCUGGCUUGUAAGCAACUGUAGAGCGCAAAGCAAGCGGGACAUGUAUGUCAAGAAGCUACAAGCUAGUGGCCUUGAUGUUGAUAUAUAUGGCGCAUGUGGCAAUGGGCGAGUAAAGGAAGCUGAAAUGGAAAAGAUAAUUCCGAAAUAUAAAUUUUACUUGGCCUUCGAAAACUCGUUUUGUAGCGACUACAUAACUGAGAAGUUUUUUAUGAACUACAACAAUGACUGGAUACUGGUGACAAGAGGCGGUGCAGACUAUCGCAAGGUGAUUCCGACCCAAACAUAUAUCAACAGUGCGGACUUUGAUUCACCACAAAAGCUAGCGGAUUAUCUGAAAGAUUUAGCGAAUGAUAGAGAUCGGUAUGUCAACUUAUUGAAAGAAAAGGACAAAUAUGAAGCUCAGUAUGGAGCUGGUUGGCUCUAUUUCUUGUGUGAACUCUGUCAUAGAUUAAACUAUGUGUAUGAAUACAGACAUUCAUAUCCAAAUAUAGCUGACCAUUUGCAAAAGGACAGAUGUUUUAAUCCAACUGACAUUUAGAUAGAAAUGAUUGAUUUGAAUAAUUGUUGCUAUUUUUCUGUUUCUUGCUGUUGUUGUUAAUGUUAAUGUUGUUGGUCAUAUUGAAAAUCAAUUUUGUAACAUACCUUCAUGUGUCACUUU